AUAUGACAGAUGUAGUUUGCACAGUGUCACUUAACUGCAGAAAUUUUUUAUUCUUGUUUUUAUAUCAUCCUGUUGGAUAGCAUCGUUCCAAAGGAUGUCAUGGUGGUGGGUGAUGAGACAGCUCUACUGUACAUAGAACUGAUUUUGGGUCCCUGCAAAAUACAAAGGACUUAAUAAAGGAAAGCAGCCUUCAAAGUUUUUUAUUAGAGCUGGAAUGAUACUGGUGAUGCACAUGUCAGAAGUUGCAGAAUUGGGGAUCUCCACAGCACCAGCAGGAAAACUGCAGUAUUAAGAAGUUCUGUGUAUUUAUCACAGAAAAAGCAACUGGAAGUCAAAGUUUCUAGGACAGGGUUUGUAUUCAGUUGUUUGUUAUGAAAUUGCAUAUUCAGAGUAAAAGAUGGGUUUUGUUAUUCUCUGACUGGCAGAGGAAAAGAACAACAAAAACCUAGAAUUGAAUAAAUACAUAAAGGAUUGUUGGGAUGUUGACUGGUGGAUUGGGGGGAGGGGAGAUGUAUUGUGAAAUCCUUGGCCAAAUAAUAGAACAUAUUCAGUAGACUGGGGCUAAGGGGUCAAAUAUAAGAUUGUUUCUUUGGGAGCCUGAGCAGAUUUGAAAAACAGGAGACUUGUCCAUUGUGAUGGUAAACACAAAAAGAGAGACUGUUUAAUUACUGUUGCAACUUACUUUAAAAGAAUGUCGAUUUGCAUUUACCUGUUGGCAUCUUGAAAAAAUGUAAUUUUGAUAAGUUAUGACUAUGAAGGUGUGCAAGACUGAAAUUUGUAUUAACAUGCAUGCAUUUUUUUACCUCAUUUCUGUCUUCAAAGUGUGAUGCAUUUCCCAUGUGAAAAUUGGGGGGUUUAUGGGAAUAUUGAAGGUGGAAAUAUUGAAUUAUUUUUUACAAAGAGAGGGGAAGCUAAGGAUCUCAACCACUUAAGCCAAGGAAAAAACUCACAAACAUACUACGUUUUUCCCUGUCUUGUGUAAAUAUUUCUUUGUUCCCAGGUAUAAAUAUCCCUUGCCCUUUCUGGUACAAAUCAGACUUGUGGUUUUGGUCAUCCAAAGCAAAUCUAUUGCUUCUCUUGAUGACUUUAAUGUCUUACUUGGUGCUUAUAUAUAUCAUAUGAAUUUAAGAUAGUUUGGAUAGUGUUUUAAUUGUAUUUACCACUUUGUUCAGUCAUUCGCAAGUUAGGCGAUACUUGCUAAAACUGAUGAGACAAAAGUUCUAAGUGUUGAAUUUGCAGGGUAAUUUAACUUAUACUUUCUGUUUUGUGAAAUCUUUUAAUUUAGCUGCUGAUGUGUUCCUUAUUUAGGAUUUGAAUAGCCUUCUAAGAGACCUGCACUUAAAUUGCUAUUAAAAGUGGAGCUUAGCCAUCAAAGUGACUUGGAACUGGCGCUGCUGAUUGCGGCAAUACUGAAAUAUUUUUAAAAAGCUGAGCCCUGUCCUCCUUAGUUACCUUUCAAAAGUGGGACAUAAACACUUCUCUUUUGAAAAAUGACACUUUGAUGCAGAGAGCUAUCUUUGUCUUGUACAACACUGAGCAUGCUGCCAACAAAAUGAUAAACUUCUGAUACGUUUCUCAGGUCUGUAAAAUUCACUAAAUAUAAAGCGUGCAGGAAAUAGAAAGUAUUGCCUUUUCAAAAGCUGCAGAAAUUGUAGGGGCAAAUAAAUAGCAAUUGACAUUCUGUUCACGUGUGUUCUACUUUGAUGUGUAGACCAGCCUGGGUAAGCGGUGCUAGCAAAGCGAGUGAUUGUAACUUCAUUUUGUCAUUUUGCUGAAAAAAACCUUGUUUUAGGGAGGAUUUUAGCUAUUAUUUUACAGCAAAGACUUCAGUAAUGGCGUAUAAAAGAAUCGUGCUCCACUAAAUUUGGAAAACUUAUUUGUGCAGGUAAGUGCUUUAUGGCUGGAUUAAUGAGUAACUUCUACUUCAAUUAGUUGCUGUUCUCCUGCAGUGUAAUAUUUGGGCUUCUUUUUCCCUAUAAAAACUCUCCUUGUGUUCACUCAGUCAUUUAGCAUCCAAAGAUGUGCAUUGCCCCCAGUAAGCUGCAGCUACUCCUGAUGGGGAUAGUUUGUAUUGCAGAGUUCCAUGCUGUACCAUCCGCUCUUCAGAAAGAUCCUAAAUGUGGGCAGAAAGUUCAAGAGACAAAACCAUGGAGUUACUUUAACCUUUUCACUCGGAUUGUUGGGGGGAACCAGGUGAAACAAGGCUCACAUCCAUGGCAGGUUUCCUUGAAACGAAGGCAAAAGCAUUUCUGUGGAGGCACCAUUGUUUCUGCUCAGUGGGUGGUCACGGCAGCUCACUGUGUCUUGGACAGGAACAUACUCCAGUACCUGAACGUCACUGCAGGAGAGCAUGAUUUGAGGAUCAGGGAGAAUGGCGAGCAGACGCUCCCUGUUAAAUAUGCCAUUAAGCAUCCCAACUUUGACCCCAGAAGGCCGAUGAACUAUGACAUUGCCCUUCUGAAGCUGGAUGGAGCCUUCAUCUUCAGUUCAUCAGUUUUGCCAGCAUGUCUUCCUGAUCCAGGUGAAAAGUUUGAAGCAGGAUAUAUCUGCACUGCUUGUGGUUGGGGCCGUUUAAAUGAGAAUGGAGUACUCCCUCAGGUCUUAUAUGAAGUCAACCUACCAAUCCUAAACAGUAAGGAGUGUUCAAGAGCAUUGUCAACUUUAAAGAAGCCCAUCCAAGGUGACACUAUAAUGUGUGCUGGAUUUCCAGAUGGAGGAAAGGAUGCCUGCCAGGGAGACUCAGGAGGCCCUCUUUUGUGUCGACGUAAGCAUGGUGCCUGGACUCUCGCUGGUGUGGUCUCUUGGGGGAUGGGAUGUGCUCGUGGCUGGAUAAGUAACGAGAAGAAGAAACAUUAUGAAAGAGGAUCUCCAGGAAUAUUCACAGACCUCAGUGCGGUGCUUUCCUGGAUUCAAGAGAACAUGAGUGCUGAUCUGAAAAUGAAAAGCUCCACAGCAUUUUGUAGCAUUAAGGAUGGCAAACUCCCUGGCAGUGAAGGAGAAUUACAUUUUCCUGGAAGUACCAAAGAGUUCUAUCAAAACCACCAAUUGUGCAUUUGGACUCUCUUUGUACCAGAAGGGAAUUAUAUAUUGCUUCGUUUUUCUCACUUUGAUAUAGAGUCAGAAACAUUUUGUGACUAUGAUUCUUUAUCAGUCUAUUCAAAAGACGACAGACUUGUUGGGAAAUUCUGUGGAGGAGAUCUUCCAUUACCUGUUUUGAUUGGUUCCAAUAGUAUAAGGCUGAAAUUUGUUUCUGACAACAAGGAUUAUGGAACUGGUUUUUCCAUGACCUACAGAACUCUUACACCAGAUAUUCUUCCUGAUUCCGGCUGUGAGUCCUUAGCUGUCCUUUUUGAAGAAGGAGUGUUACAAAGUAUGCACUAUCCAGAGCACUACAGCAACAUGGCGGACUGUCAAUGGAUUAUUUGUGCGCCAGAGGACCACGUAAUCAAGCUUACAUAUCAGUCUUUUGAAGUAGAAGAGAGUGAAGAUUGCUCCUAUGAUGCUGUGACUGUGUAUGAAGAUGUGGGAAAAGAGGAGGAAAUUGCUAAGUCUUGUGGAUUUACCCUACCAGCACCUGUUCUAAGCUCCUCUGCUGUGAUGCUGGUUGUCUUCCACUCUGAUGAAACAGAGAGCUUUGGAGGAUUCAAAGCUACAAUCUCUUUUGUUCAUGUAACAGAUUUAGAUACUUUGGAUUCAACUAGUGAAGAAGAAUUUGAAGAUAUGGAUAUGACUGAAGAAGAAAUACAGGUUACAACAGAUUAUGUUUGCGGGAUGCCUUCAAAUCAGCCCAGGUUCAUCUUCAGUAGGAUAAUUGGAGGUGAAGAAGCUGUACCAUACUCAUGGCCUUGGCAGGUCAGCAUACAAAUUUCAGAUGAGCAUAUCUGUGGAGGAGCAGUUCUCGCCAAAGAAUGGGUUGUCACAGCUGCUCACUGCUUUAAUUCUAAGGAACUAUACAGAGACUUAUGGAUGGUGGUAACAGGACUUCACGAUCUUACAGAGCAAGAAUACAGACAGAAAAGGCUGGUAAAGCAGUAUAUUAUACAUCCAAGUUUUAACAAGACCACUAUGGACUCUGAUAUCGCCUUACUGCAACUUGCCGAGCCAUUAGAAUUCAACCACUACGUGCGCCCGGUGUGCCUCCCUGCCAAGGAGGAGGUGGUUCAGCCCUCGAGGGUGUGCGUUGUCACAGGAUGGGGUGCACAUGAAGAAGACAGAGGAAAGGGGAAAAAAUUGCAUCAGCUGGAAGUUCCCAUCCUGGUGCUUGACACAUGUCAGAGCUACUACAUAAAUCUUCCCAGUAAAGUGACCCAGAGGAUGAUUUGUGCUGGAUUCCCUCUGGAAGAAGGCAAGGACUCAUGCACAGGCGAUUCUGGUGGCCCAUUAGUUUGUCCUUCAGAAGAUAACUCAGGAUUUUACACCCUUCAUGGAAUCACUAGCUGGGGCUUGGACUGUGGAAAGAAAAGCUACCCAGGAGUAUACACAAAUGUUGGUGGUUUUGUUGACUGGAUCAGGCAGAGUGUUAAUAGUAGUGAUCUCCCCAUUUUCAUGGUGUGACUGUCAAAAAGAGCAGUUCUGAUGGACCGCAUGUUUUAGGCAAAAGCCCACAAAAUAAUCUGGAGCAUGAGCUUUCUGUAAAAGUAUGAAAAUUCUUCAUGGUGGAAGGACUAUGGACAAAUUCAGAUUAAGUGUUAAGGCCCAGCUGUGUUGUU